UUGCAUCAUUCCUCCCCUUUUCUCCCAAAGGUCCAUGCAAGCCCGGCCACGCCGUGGAGGGCGACCCUUCUCCUAAUUAAUCUCGUAUUCGUAGAUUUGUUUCUUCUAAGCAGCUGAAAUGGCGCUCGAAGCCGUGGUGUUCCCACGGCAGCACCUCGCGUGUGGCACGGACGAGGUGGCUGCGGCGAUGUCCAUGCACGCGCCGUCGCUAGGCCGCGGCGUUGACGACAUUGACGAGUUCGAGGAGAAGGGCGGCGUGGUGCUGCAAGAAGAGGCGGCCAGCGCGACGAUGUACAUCGCCGGUUCAACCGCAUGGGCCGCGGCCGUCGAAGAGCACUGGGACGAGAAGCGCUUCUACCCACCCGUGCCGCCGCCUGCAUCGUCCGGCCGCGCCAAGGCCGUCUCCUCCUCGUCGGCAGCGGCCGUGCGGAAAAGGCGGCGGCGCCCGAAGGCGGUGAAGAACCGGGAGGAGACGGAGAGCCAGCGGCGCAACCACAUCGCGGUGGAGCGCAACCGGCGGCGCCAGAUGAACGACUAUCUCUCCGUGCUCCGCUCCGCCAUGCCGCCCUCCUACGCGCAGCGGGGUGACCAGGCGUCGAUCGUGGCCGGGGCCAUCAACUUCGUCAAGGAGCUGGAGCAGCUGCUGCAGUCGCUGGAGGCCGAGAAGCGGCGGCGCUCACCGCUCCCAUCCGCGCCGCCGUUCACCGGAUUAUUCACAUCCCCUCAGUACUCCGCCGGCAUUGGCGCCGACUCUGGUGACUCCGAGAACGGCCGCGGGGUUCGGCGAGGCUUGGCGGACGUGGAGGUGGCCGUGGCCGAGAGCCACGCGAACGUGAAGGUGCUGGCGCCGCGGCGGCCGAGGCAGCUGCUGAGGAUGGCGGUGGCGAUGCAGUGCCUCGGCCUCACCGUGCUCCACCUCAGCGCCACCGCCACCGCCGACCACCUGGUCUUUUACUCCUUCAGCCUCAAGAUGGAGGACGAGUGCCGGCUCACGUCGGUGGACGACAUCGCCGCCGCAGUGCACCAGAUGGUCCUCGACACCGUCGAGGACCAGCUAGCUAGCUAGUUAGCCGGACGUAGAAAUGUCUAUGCAGUAACAUUAGGCGCGUACGUUACGUACGUGCGACAUGUACAAUUCACCAUUGUCAGAGAACGUAGUGCGUAGCAGUAUUCCCCAUUGCUUGCGUGCAAGUAAACAUGUAGUAUCCGGCCCGGAUCAAUCAGGUGGCAUCUGGCAGCGGGCGCCAAUUAUUUGCGCCAACAUAUGCAUGGCUGCGCAUCCACACCGGUGGCGCCGUGGCGGACAGCCGCUGGACUGGUCUUCUCCGGUGGGUCACCCGUCGCCGUUCGCCGGAUAAGAGCUAGUUUGAUAAUCGAACUGGCCCGCUCCAAUCAUUCCGUGAUGCGAUCACCUGAACCAUCAUGCAUGUAUGUAUGUGUUCCGGCGGCUCGCUUCAGAUUUCAGAGUUCAAUUACACGGAAAGAACAGUCUGCUGUCUGCAGAAUGUGUAGAAACAUCCAAGCAGAAUAAACUCAUUGUGCCAAUGAAUGACCAA